CACUUGUUCUCGCGGAUAACGAUAAGCAAGAUGAAGCCGUACUAGGAGAGGAAAGGAAGAGCGAAGACAGCACUGGACCAGAAGAUCAUGGCGCUGCUAAAAAUGCUGGUGUGGACGGAAAGGGAAACAAACAACCGGGAUCCGAAGAUACUAGCGGAGGAAAAAAAGACUGUGAGGACACGACGAGUCCUGUCGGAGAAGGAGCAACUACAAAAAGGAAAGCUGAC